AUGGAGGAGAAAUCUGGAGUACUAACUCCUUUUGAAAAGGGAUUAAUCAUAGGUAUGAAGAUGGCAGAAUGUAGUGUUUAGUUUAUUUAAAACGAAUUAAAGUAAGUUGAGGUCAAUAUCUGUGAUAAAACUAUAUAUAAUGUUUGGAAUAAAUGGUAAACUCAGAAAACUUAUGAAAAUGAUUAUUUAGGAAACUGUGGUAGACCAAAAGUACUUUCAAAAGAGAGUGAAGAGCAGUUAAUUUAAUUUGUUGGAGCAAACCCUACUGUUAGUUGGAAAUAGCUUGAAGAUAACCAAAUARCCAAUCCAUAAUAAGUUAGUUAAUAGACCUUAGUGAGAACUUUAAAUGAUAAUGGCUUUUAAUAAAUUGUUAGACCUAAAAAAAUCUUUAUGUCAGAAGAAAAUGCGAAUGUGAGACUUAAGUGGUGCAAAAAUAUGUCAUUACACGGAAAAAGAAUAUUAGAUAAUGCAAUAUAUAGUGACGAAAGUUGGGUCUAUUAUAGCCAUGUUCACAAAUAGUAUUACUGGACAAAAGAUGAUUAGGAAAUUGAGUAUGAGAAUUCUUAAAUAAAAUAUAAAUGGCCAAAAAAAGUCAUGAUUUGGGCCUCAAUUCAUAGAAGUGGACCAUUAAGCUUAUAUUUUAUUGAAGGAAAUAUGAAUUAGCAUUAAUAUUUAGACAUCCUUUCAGACUUUUUCAUUGAAAAUAAUUUCCUUACUUAUACAUAAGAUAGCUAUUUUUAAUAAGAUAAUAGUACAUGCCAUAAAACAGCUAUUAUUGAUAAUUUUUUCUCAAAAAAUAAAAUAAAUGUACUUUAAUGGCCACCAAACUCUCCCGAUAUCUCACCUAUCGAGAGUGUAUGGUUUACAUUAAAGAAUAUAAUUAACUAAUAAAUUGAUGAAAUUGACAGCUUUGAAUAAUUCAAAUCAAUAAUUUAAUAAACUUUCUUAAAAAAUAAAAAAGUCAAAGAUUCAAUUUAAAAUAGUAUAAGAAAGGUUCCAACCAUAUUAGAAGGUAUCAUAAAACGUAAAGGUUAUCCCUAAUGA